CUUAAGUUCACUUACAGUUCAGCAUCGCCUGGGACGUGUUCUGUGGUUCAAGUUUUUGUCACUUCAGACCUUGCUGAGGUAGCCUAAUGAGAGAACGUUCCAGAAGGCUGCAUGCAUCAUCAUUCCAGACGACACUAACUGAGUUCUGGUGUCUAUGUACGUGAAUGAUGAGCUACCUGGCCCACACGGCCCACUGGCAGUUCUUUGGUUUAGUACUGGCAGUUCUGGGAUUGAUCCUGACAGUUGCCACCAGCGGAGUGGAUGACUGGAGAGUGUGGUAUGUUGAUGAUGUGUCUGUCAUCACCUCUGGCACUGCCUGGGUUGGCAUCUGGAGGGCUUGUUUUUACAGCACCGUCCUUGACACGGCCGAGUUUUGCCGAAGAAUAAGUCUCACAGACUCAUUUGUUCCUCCGGAGAUUGCUGCAGCACAGGUCCUUUGUAUGGCAGCAAUCCUGGUGGGAAUCACUGCAAACCUUGUUGCGGGAUACGCCGUAAGACGCGCCUACUUCAACAUAGAUGGGCACAUCAGACGUUUCUUCUGGUCCGCAGGUGCUCUGUAUUUCCUCACUGCAACGUGCUCGCUGAUUCCUGUUUUUUGGAACAUGAGUUCGGUGCUGAAGAAUCGCACGAUUGAUUUCCCGCCAGAGUUUCUGCUACCUCCAGCACCAUAUAAACAGGAGUUGGGCCUUGGUAUCAUAACAGGAACUGGCUCAUCUGUGCUACUUAUUUUAAGCGGGCUGCUCUUCCUGUCCUACAGGCAAACGAGUAAACCUAGAAAACAGAAUGCUGAACGAACUGAAAAGAAAAACCAAGCUGGCACAAACAUAAGAACUGCUGCCUUACAUGCUAAUAGAGUGAGAGAAGGGACAGAUAAUUCUGCUUUGACUGUAGAAGACAAGCUGUAAUGUAAAAUCAUUUCUGGACAAAUUAAUCUGGAUUAGUUUUUUUCUAAUUUGCAUAAUUUGCAAACCCAUGCAACGUAAUACUGUAUAAAAAUGUGCGCCUCACAUUACAAAAGCAAUUCAGAUUUGAUUUUACUCUGUCGCUCAUAUUUGGUAUAGUUUAUAUUGUGUGAAAUGUGCUCUUGACCUUGUUUUCAUUCAUGUUUGAUCCAUAAUCUAGAUCCUAUAUACAGUAAACAGGAUUAUGGGUUAGACAUGCAAUUCACACAUUAUGUCUUGCAGCUGAUGUACACUAUAUGGACAAAAUAAGAUUUAUAUGUGCUAUUUAAACAGCCUAUUCGACACAUAAUACCCAUUUGCUGUAAUAAUAAACUCUGGGAAGGAUUUUCACUAGAUUUUGGAGUGUUCUUGUGGAGAUUUGUGCUCAUUCAGCUGCAAGGGCAUUAGUAAAGUCAGGUCAUGAUAUAGGGUAAGGAGAGAACAGCCAGCAUUCCAAUUCAACCCAAAGGUGUUCAAUAGGCUUGUGGUUAAAACUUUUUAGAAGGCCACUUAAGACUUCAACCCAUGUAAAGCAUAUCUUAAUUGAGAUCGCUUUAUGCACAGGUGCAAUGCCAUGCUAACAAUUAGUGAUAACAAUAAGUUGAUUCAUAGUUGUUCAAAAAUAUUUACUUAAAAUGUAACUAUAAACAGAAAAAAAUUGUGUCAUUUGAAAGAAAAAAAAAGGACAAAUGGUCAAUUAAUGUAGUAUAAGAUCAAUACCAAUUAGUUCAAUUUGAAAAUAAUCAAUGUUGCAAUGGGAACAGCAAACCUGCUUAGUGUAGUCAGUUUAGGAGCAUAGUGUUUAUGAGAACAGCAAGCAAAGCUCAUGGAAAUGAUCGAAUCUCAACGCUCAUGGAUACAGUGAUGGAAAGUAACUCAUUGUAUAGAAGAAUGGGGAUAAUAUUUACAGUAUAGUACAGGUUCAUGCUCCCUUAGAGAGAAAGUAUGUUUCAAAAAUUAAUGCAUAACAUAGCAAAAUUUUGCUAGCUGAAAUAGUUUUUUGUGUUUUUUUUGUCUUUGGCAGGAUAGACUUUUUGUGGAUACUAACCCUGGCAAAUAGUGUAUAUAGUCCACAAUUAGCUUUCAACACAGGUGCAGAAUAGCCAUUGUGGCUCAUGGUUUUAAGUCCCAACAUCACUAAGUUGCCCACUUGUCCAAGGCCUUAACUCUAUUCUCUAUAGGGGUGCUGUA